UCAUCAACAUGCAUGCCCACGUUGCAAUUAUUUUUUGGUAGCCAAAUGUUUUUUUGAAAAAAGUUCGAUCGCGUUAUAGAAAAAGAUGACCAAAGCAGAAUAUAACCUUUCAGAAAACGAAAUUGACCCAAAAUCAGUACCAUGGUGGACAUCCAGUCGACUUGGUCUGGCUAUUCUAGGCUUCUUUGGAUUUAUCAAUGUUUAUGCCUUACGUGUGAAUAUGAGUGUUGCCAUUGUCUGUAUGGUAAACAGAACAGCCAUACAGACAAACUCACCAGACCAAAAUGGAAAUGUAACAAAGAUUGAGGUUGGAUGUGGCUCUGGUCUAAAUACUACAGGUACCAGUAACUUUGAGGAUGGUGAAUUUAUAUGGGGUAAAACAGUACAAGGAUUAAUUCUUGGUGCUUUCUUCUGGGGAUACCUUGCUACACAGAUACCUGGUGGAUGGCUGGCCACAAAAUUUGGUGGCAAACGAGUUUUUGGGUGGAGUAUGUGUAUGGCCACAAUAGCUACAUUAUUCACUCCAUUAGCAGCAAACGUUGAUCCUACCGGUACAUUUCUGAUUGUACUUAGAAUUCUUGUUGGGUUUUCUUCAGGUGCAGUUUUUCCAGCGAUGCAUGCUUUGUGGGGUAACUGGGCACCACCAAUGGAGAGAAGUAAACUUACAGCUUUUUCUUAUGCAGGAGCACAAGUUGGUAAUGUGAUAACCUUUCCAUUAGCGGCUGUUUUAUGUAAAUAUGGAUUUGCAGGAGGCUGGCCAUCCAUCUUUUAUGUAUUGGGGACAGCCAAUUUUGUGUGGUUUGUGCUAUGGAUGGUUUUAGUCAGUGAUAAUCCAAUGGACCAUAAAAGAAUUUCUGAUAUUGAGCGUGAAUAUAUUGUUAUGUCCUUAGCAGAAAAUCGUCAUGCUGAAACAGGCAAGGAACUAGAUGUACCAUGGAAGAGUAUACUGACCUCACUUCCAGUUCUUGCAAUUGUUGUAUCCAAUAUAACAUCAGACUGGGGAGCCUACACAUUGCUAACAAAUAUACCAACAUACAUGAGUGAAGUCUUAAAACUAGAUAUAACCUCAAAUGGACUUUACUCAGCUUUACCAUAUGUAGCCUUCUGGGCCAUGAUUAACAUUGCUGGAUGGAUGGCAGAUUUCUUCAGGGAAAGACGUUUAAUGAAUACAACCAUGACCAGAAAAAUAUUUGAUUCUUUCGGUAAAAUUGUACCAGCACUUAUGCUGAUUUGUUUAGGAUAUGUAGACUGUACCACUCCCACUCUUGCAAUAGUCUUGCUGAUCCUUGCUGUCAGUCUGACAGGGUUCCAGUACAGUGGCUUCCUUAUCAAUCAUGUGGAUAUAGCUCCACCAUAUGCUGGUAUAUUGUUUGGCAUCACUAAUUCUAUAGCUUCAGUAACAGGAUUUAUAUCUCCAUCGGUAGUAGGAGCUAUCACUAAUGAGGCACAGACAAGAGAUGAAUGGCAGAAAGUGUUUUACAUAGCUGCAGCUAUUUAUGCAUUUGGAGCUGUGUUUUACUUAAUAUUUGGUAGUGGGGAGCUACAAGAUUGGGCUAGAGAAAAAAGGGACCUGGAAUUAAAUGUGGAAAUGGAACCAUUGAAAAUUGACGAAGAAAAACCACCAGUGGAUAAUAAUAUUAAUAUUUGAAAAACUUAAUGUUUAAACCAUGAAGAAAAACUUGAUGUUUAAAAAUAUGAAGAAAAACUUAAUGUUUAAAUCAUGAAGAAAAACUUAAUUUUUAAAUCAUGAAGAAAAACUUAAUCAUGAAAUAAGUAGGAACUACAUUUAAAUGCUAGAUCUAGGAAGUAGUAUUAAAUGCUAGAUCUAGGAAGUAGUAAUAAAUGCUAGAUCAUCUUUAUGUUUUAAGGUAAAAGGGUAAAGUUCCUAGAGGGAAAUUUGUGUAUUCCCAAACACAGCCAGUUGCUCAAAAGAUCAAUUAAAUGUAGGAAGCUAAAACUGCAUAACUACUGCAUGAGUUUUGCAUUUGACAUUUUAAUGAAUUGUUGGUAGUACUGUUAUGUUUUGACAUGAUAUUCUAAACAGAUGUUUAAUUUUAUUUUGGUGUACAGUGAUCUUGUAUAUGCAGACAAUGCAAUUUAGUUUACAUGCUAUGCAAAAAAUUGGGCUUAAAAAAUAAGAUGUAUAUAUCAAAAGAAAAAAUUUAAAACGUAAGUCUUGUAUAGAAAAUUUUUGAAAAAUCAUAUCAGUCCAAAUGAGUAGUAUGUGAAAAAUAUUUAAACUCACUCAGGAGGAACUACUUAGUCAUGUCUCAUUUAUUAUGAAAUUGUUUUAACUUUGUUAUACAUGUACUGUACAGUACAUGGCCAAAAGUAUUUGUCACUUGUGAUUUUUCACUAUAUAUUUCAUAUAAAACUAAAACUAAGUUUUUAUGCCCCAUUUUUAUGCCCCAUUUAUGGGCAUUAUGUUUUUCGGUCUGUGGGUCCGUUCUUCUGUCCGAUAGUGCGAGUGGGGCAUCCAUGUACUAUGGACACAUUCUUGUUUUAAAUAUAUGUGGUAACAUUUCUGGUAGGAAUUUAAUCAACUUAUUACCAAUAGAAGCAGAAUUGUCACAGGCUUAUUUGUUCAUUUGAUUAUAUUUUUGUUGUGGAGUGUCUUCAAUUUUUGAUGAUACAAACACAAGUAUUAUUUUAUGUUCAUACAUUUGUUAUAUAUUUCAACCAAAUUAAAUUGUAAAAAAAAAUUGUACAUGUUCAUUUUAAGAGAAAACAAAAAUAAUUGAUGAUAAAACUAUGACCAAGUAAACAAAUAUACUUUAGACAAUUCUGCGUCUUUUAACAGCUUGUUUUUAAAAAUCCAACAAAAAAUGUCUUCAAAGUAAUUUUCUUAAAACAUGUGUUUUUAUAUGAAAUAUGUAGCGAAAAAAGAAAAACGACGAAUACCAUUGGCCAUGCACAGUAUGCUUCUUAUUGACUUGUUUUAUUUGAGAAUUGGUACCAGUAUUAUUUUAUUUUAAUGACAGUAUAUUUUUUUGUUCAAAACUCCUUUCUUAUUAUGUAACUAAAUUCUUUUGCCACACCCAGAUCAUUAAAACUUGGCAAUUUUGAUACUUUAUAUUAUCUGGGCAUUUAUUUUUGAGAGAUAUUCUGAAAGUUAAAUUUUCUUCCUAUUUUUGUUUAUUAAUUACAAGAGGACAGGGAUAAUCUUGAGUUGUAUUAACCACCAAAAGUUGGAUAAAAUAUAAAAAAAGCUACAUAAGUGAUAUUAAAAUAUUUUAAGGGGUGAAAGUGACCCUUUGGCGGUUUGGAAAAUUACCCAUAAGUAUGUAUGUUUCAAAAAUAAAACCUUCAGGAAAAUAUAUGCAUAUUUAAAAAAGUUUAUAGAAAGCAUUUAACAAAAUGUAUUUAUUUAUUUGUGCAAUUUUAUAAUAGUGCCAUAUGUAUUUUAACUUAUUUUUGUAUAAAACUGCCAUGUAUCUCAAGAUUAAUUUAUAACAGUACAGUUAUAAUUUAUAAACAUUUUAUCAUCACUGCCAAAUCAUGCUAUUUUUUGACAUUUUUUUUCCAUAGAAGUAGCAAUGCUUCAUCAUUUGUAUUUAUGUUUAAAAGUUAAACAGAGUAUGUUUAAUAGUUAAACAGAGUAACAAUUAAUAAUUUGAUUUGAAUUUGUCUUCUUUUAGCAGGUUACUUUAUUUUGGGUUUUUACGCCCUUUUUACUAUAAAUGAAUUUUAUUAACAUUUGUGUUUUCGUUGUUUUAAAGUAAAAAAACUGUCAGCUCUAAAAAGGUCACACCUGACUUUUGCAGGUUGAUAGUAAUAUAAUUGGGCACUUGUUUGGAGGAAAGGUAUUUAUGGUCAAUGUUUAUAAGUUGAAAUAUUAAUUAUACAUGGAACAUUUACAGUUUUCACUAUGUUGAUAUGUCCAUCCAUCCUACAUUUCCUCAGACUAUUCAACAGGAAGUGAAGUUAAAUGCUUCCUGUUUUAAAGUUUGUUCAUAUUGAUUUUCAAGGUUUUCCAUAGCCUAAUAGGACAAUAAAAAUCAUGUCAGUUCAUAGUUCAAAGUGGUUCAACGCUCCCAAAUCAGUGCGUAAGCUGGAUAUAAGGCUCAAUUAUUUGUUAUUGUCAGCCAAGUAAGCACUUCAGCUUCCUUGGACCCUAUAGUAACAUAAAAUAUUAGGAUUGAAAGAAGCUGUUUUUUUAUAAUGACCUUUUUCAUUAUUUCUCUUUCAAGAAUUACUUAAUGUCAUUUAUAAAGGGUAAACAAAAGCAAAUCACCUGACCAUCAAUCAUCACAGAGUAGAUCACACAUUAUUAAACCAACUCUCAUAUAAAAUGUAUAUGGUGAAAUUUUGGAAAAGCUUCCAUUUUAUGAUGACAAUUUUCACAAUUGUCAUUCCCAAGUUAAACAAUUUGAUAAUUAGUAUUGUUACAGGUACAGUUGUUCAAAUUAGAUGGGUUUUAUUUGAUUUAGCAAAUCAUUAUUUUGCAACAGUUCAUCAUCAUUGCUGUUACACAUUUUUAAAGUUGUUAUUUUUGGAAAGACUUCCCUUUUUUACCCUAGUUUGUUCACAUUGUUUACAAAAGUUUACUUCAGUUAGCAUUAUUUAUCUGAUUACAGGUAUGUCUUGAAGAUUUAUAUUUAUUGUUGUUAUAUUAUGUUAUAUGUUAUAUUAUUAUCAUGGUAGAUCUGAAAAUACUGAUAAACCUGAAUUGUUCGGCUUUUGUUUUAUUAUUAAUAUUGACAUUUUAUUAUAUAACCAUUUAUUUAUCUUUAUUCCAAUAUAUUACAAGUCCAAUGAUUAAUUUGUUCAACCUUUUGAAUGAGCUACUUUUGUUGAGAAAUAGCCAAUUCUUGUCAUAUCAUCACAUAAUACAAAUUUUCUUGCCUGUUUAUUUCGAACUUUAGAAAAAGUUAUAUUGAAAAAAAAACUUUGUAACUCAUCUAUGAUAUAAGAUGUCAUUUUACCCAAUUGUGAUCAAACAAUUGCUUAAGGGCAAAGCACAUACAAUAUUGGCAAUGAUCAUGAAUCAGAAUCAAAUUUAUAUUACUUAUACUAGUUUUGUGCCACUGCUAAUUGAUAGUCAGCUCUGUAAGUAAUUUUUACCAAGGAGCCAGUGCAUCCACUUUCACAUGAUUUUAAUUAUACAUUUAAAAAAAUAAUCUCCAUUUAUGGGGUUAUGUAUUAAUAAUGAAGGCCACAUAUUCUUUUUAAGUAUAUGACAUGUAAACAGAUAGAUCAUUAGAGUACUUCUAUUUUUAUGCCCUUUCAAUAGAAGGGGAGCAUACUGUUUUCUGGGAUUAGGUUAAUAUUUUGGUUUACGGUAGUUUACUAUUAAAUUGUGCUCAACGUAACUUAAAUUAGUAUACAUUUUUCAUUUUGAUGUGAACUUUUUAAAAUGUAUACAAAAUUCAAUUUUGCCACUCACUGACCAUAGAAAUGUGAUAGUUUAAGCAGAGUUCAUGCAGUGUCCAAUGGACACAUAUUCUUGUUAAGCAUAUUUUCUGUACAUUUUUGUCGAGCCUUCAACUUUUGUCGAAAAAGCGAGACAUAGCGAUCCUACAUUCCGUCGGCGUCGUUGUCGUCGGCGGCAGCCACAAAUAUUCACUUUGUGGUUAAAGUUUUUGAAACUUUAAUAACUUUCUUAAACUGUCCUGGAUUUCUACCAAACUUGGAAAGCAGCUUGUUUAUGAUCAUAAGAUAGUAUCCAGAAGUAAAUUUUGUAAAAAAAAAAUUCCAUUUUUUCCAUAUUAUACUUAUAAAUGGACUUAGUUUUUCUGCCAGUUAACAUAACAUUCACUCUGUGGUUAAAGUUUUUAAAAUUUUAACAACUUUCUUAAACUAUCCUGGAUUUGUACCAAACUUGGACAGCAGCUUGUUUAUGAUUAAAAGCUAGUAUCUAGAAGGAAAUUUUGUUAAAAUUUUGUUCCAUUUUUUCCGUAUUUUACUUAUAAUUGGACUUAGUUUUUCUUCCAGUUAACAUUACAUACAGUCUGCAGUUUAAGUUUUUAAAACAUUUAUUAGAUUCAUAAACUAUCCUGGAUUUUUACCAAACUUGGACAGAAGCUACUUGCAAUCAAAAGAUAGUAUAGAGAGGAAUAUUUUUAUUAAUUUUUUUCCUCAUUUUUCUUGAGCCUGCGAUUAACAGCAAAAGUAGGCGAGACACUGGGUUCCGCGGAACCCUUACGAAUUUUUUAUUUGAUAAUCACAAAACUUUGUUUUAUCUUUCUUUGAUUGUUUUUUUUCUUAGUUUGUUUUUUAUAGUAUUUUCGUUUUAAUGCCUUGCUUGCUAUUUUGGGCUGCAGGAAUGCUGUUUACAUAUCCCGGUAGUUUUAUAGAUACAUACUUAGUUGUGGCAUCUGUAAACUUAUACAUACUCAUUAAUGCCAACUGUAAAUAUGUUUUUCUUAAAUGUUCUAAGUAAAGGUUUACAUUCAAGUCUUGUUCCUCUUCGUUUAAAGAAGUAUUAGGAAAGAUUGUAAAUCUUAUCUAACAAAAAUGGUUUUAGCUGUCUCUGUUAUGUUUUUUUUUUAUGAAAUUAACAUUGUAAAUACUCAUUAUAAUCUGCAUAAAAUUAUACAAAGUUUUUAUAGAAAGUGGACAUGGAUUACUAGUAUUUUUAUGAGUUCAUAUAUUCAUGAAUUUUGUUAUCCAAGUUAUUUUAUUACCAAAGAAUGGAAAAAACCAUGAAUUCAAAAUUCUGCAAGCCAUGACUUUAAUGAGAGAAAAAAUUAAGACAUAGUAGUUUUACAAUUAGAAAAUAUUAGUUGAUGAUUUGGCCUUUUAUGUUUGCAUGGGUUUUGUGAAAUCUAUACUUUCUAUGGACCCACUAAUCUUGUUCCAUGCAGAAGAGUUGUGGACCUUUUUAAUAAUAAGUGUAUUCACAAUAAGGUAUCUACAAAUAAUGCUGAAAUUUUCAUAGCAGGUGAAAAAAGAAAAAGAUUUAUAGAACUCAGAUAAACUGCAUGCUUUGACGAAAUUUGCACUUAUAUAUAAAGAUAUAUUUAUGUCUACUUAGUUAUGUUGUUAUUUAUAUUUUCAUUUAUUAUGAUAUAUGCAAAUAUAAACAUAUAUAUAUGAAUACUACAAUGUAGAUUGCAUGUUUCCAUAAUAUGCAACUGAUGAAUCAUGUUGGUUUGUUGUAUUCAUACCAGAAAUCCUUAACACGUGAAAUUAACUAAACUGUAACAAAAGCCAAAAGAUUCAUUUUAAACAUUGAAAUUUGUUUUGCUUUUCCCCCAGAACUUUUUCCAUGAUGUCCAUUAAAACAUGUGAUAAUUUAUGGAUAUGCACGACUCAACAUGCCCCCUAUUUUGCAUGUUAAUUUAAUUAUGAUGUGCUCAAGAAAAAUAACCUUUUUAUUGUUAAUUAACGUAUCACUGACACAGCUUAGCUUUCUUACUUGUUUCCAAAGUGUAUAAAAGAUAAAAAAAAUAAUAUUAAAUCGAAGUGUUGAAAGUAUUACAAUCUAAAUGUUCAGAUGAACAGCUAGUAUUUCUAAAUUUCCUUCAUUACAUUAUGGUGUUGGACAACAAAUGAUAUGUUACCAGAUAUAGUUGAAUUCAUUAUCAUGUACUGUAAAGUUUUUUUGUUUAUGUUUUGUUCAAUGUUUUCUUGAUAUAGUGUUUUAUAAAACUAAUAUGUUCUCUCUGAAAUUUGUAUACAUUGACAAAUAUCCAUUUAACAUUUACAUAUAUUUUUUAUCAGUUUAAUUUGAAGUUGUUUACAAUCUUCAUAAUUUUAUAAAUGAUAUUUUAUUUAUUUUGACUUUUAAGAAUAUUUUUAACCAACAUCAUGUUACUCUUUACCAUCCAAUUUCUACAGCUUCUAUUGGCUUAGGUUACUUUUAAUGAGCAAAUGUGAUGUUUUGCAUAAUAUUGAUCUUUUAUUCACGGGAGUGAGCAGUUUUUAAUGUCUGUGAAAAAGUCUGAAUUGUCAAUUUGUUAAGAUUAAAAUAAAAGUUACGAUUUUGGAAUAAUAUAGAACAAUUUUCACCAUAGUAAUCAAUCUAGAUAGAAAUAUAUAUAUAUAUAUAAUGCUAAUUUUUACAUUAUUAGAAGUACAUUAGAUAAGUCAACCUAAUAGUACGUUUUCAAGAUAAUAAAAAUGUUUGAUUAGUAUGCAAAACAACAUAGUAUAAAAAAUAUUUUAUUUAUUAGUUGAAUAUAAAUAAUCUAAGCAUUUCAAUAAAGUAUUACAGACUGAAUGUUACAAUACACAUGAUGAUGAUUUUGCAUCUGACAGGACGUGCAAAUCAAUUUGAUUUUGAUCCUGUAUUUACGCUUUGCUUCCAAGGACCUUUAAACUCCCAAUUUUACUUUCUGUUUAAAAGAUCUUUUGAGAUCUUCUGGUUUUGUCGUAAUGAUACAUGCCUUCAAAACUUUGGAGACAGACAUGUCAUUGGCUGAUGUAAUUAUUACAAGACCAGAAAGUAGUACAGAUUGUUAGAUCCUUGUAACAGACAUGUCAUUCACUGAUGUAAUAAUUACAAGACCAGAAAGUAGUACAGAUUGUUGUUAGAUCCUUUUAACAGACAUGUCAUUCACUGAUAUAAUAAUUACAAGACCAGAAAGUAGUACAGAUUGUUGUUAGAUCCUUGUAACAGACAUGUCAUUCACUGAUGUAAUAAUUACAAGACCAGAAAGUAGUACAGAUUGUUGUUAGAUCCUUGUAACAGACAUGUCAUUCAUUGGUGUAAUAAUUACAAGACUAGAAAGUAGUACAGAUUGUUGUUAGAUCCCUGUAAACAACCCAUUGACAGAGGAUCUGUAUUUUAAUCAGACUGCAUUUAAAUUGUUUCUGAUAAUAAAACUUACAUAAAAGAAUCCACAAGAAAUUUAUUUUUAUAUAGAUCAUACAUGUCACAAUUUCAUUUAGUUCAGGAUUUGGUGCUGAAUAAAUAUUGACAACACA